AUGGAUCUGGAUGCGUCGUGGUGGGCAUUAUCGGUUCGGCAGAUGGAUGAGGCUCAAAUCGAUGCCUUGUUCGUGCCUGCCGUGAAGGCACCAUCUUCCGUCGAUCAAACCAGACUCAUCAAGAUGGCAGGUAAAAGAGGCAUGCUCGUCGUGUUUGAAGGUCUCGAUAGAUCUGGGAAAUCGACUCAAUGCGAACGGCUAGCUGAGACAUUACGAAAAGAAGGCGAAUCUGUCGAACAUAUGAGGUUUCCAAACAGAAUUACACCAAUCGGCCAGAUGAUCAACAACUACCUGACUGGCCAAACAAACCAAGAUGACCAUGUGAUACAUCUACUAUUCUCCGCCAACCGGUGGGAAGCCGCGAAGACCAUCGAAGACCACAUCAACGCAGGCACAACAGUGGUCAUCGAUAGGUAUUCCUAUUCAGGCGCCGUGUACUCGGCAGCGAAGCAAGUCCCAAGCAUGAGUCUGGAGUGGUGUCGGCAGCCUGAAGUUGGACUACCGCGACCUGAUCUAUGCCUCUUCUUGGACCUUUCUAGUGAAGAGGCCGCCAAACGAGGUGGCUUUGGUACUGAGAGGUACGAGAAGCAGGACCUUCAGAAUCGAGUCAGGCAGCUUUACGGCGAGAUGAGGAAGCACGACGACGAGCGGGAGGACAUCACUGUUGUUGAUGCUGGGAGACCGAUUGAUGUUGUGGAGAGUGACAUACUUGAGAUUGUGAAGAAGGCGAAAAGCAAACUCAAAGCCGAGGGCUCUGAACUCAGGCGGAUGCGGCCAUGGUAA